GGUGGAAUGGAGAAUGUGGAAAUCGCUCGAAUAUACUAUUCCCAAGCCUUGAAAUUAAAUCUAAAUAAUUUGCGUGCAUUAUAUGGUUUAUAUUUGUGUUGCAGUUACAUUACCAAUUCUCGCGCCUUGGGGUCAAAGCGCAAGGAGGCUCAAAAAAUGGCGCAAUGGGCGUUGGAGAGUGCAGGCGUGCGAACAAUUACGUCAUCGAAAAUUCCUAGCAACGAUAAAUUAGUUUCCAGUCUAGAAUGUGCAUUGGGUAGCUUAGAUAUAAGAUCUAAUUGACAUUAUCCUAAGCCAUUGUUGUAAAAUGUAUAAAAGAUUAUAUUAAUGGUUAUCCUAUUUGAUUUCUCUUCUAAUAUAAUACUAUAAAAAAUGCGUUAAAA